UGUCUCACAGGCGAACUGGCUGCGUAUGUAUGCGUGUCUCCAGCUAGGCCAGAGAGUGAUGGCGGCGCCCGUCCUGAGAGUGUCCACCCCUCGGUGGGAAAGAAUAGCUAGGCUUCUUGUUUGCCUGUUAGGCAUACUGUUGUCUCUAUAUGCUUUUCACGUCGAGAGGGAAAAGGCUCGGGAUCCGAGUUACACGGCUAUGUGCGACGUCAGCAGCUCCAUCAGCUGUUCAAAAGUGUUCAGCUCAAGGUGGGGUCAAGGAUUUGGACUCUUGGGCUCAAUUUUUGGAAAUGACAGUGCACUGAACCAACCCAACAGUGUCUAUGGGAUUGUCUUUUAUGCCUUUCAGCUCCUACUAGGAAUGACUGUCAGUGCAAUGGCCGCCCUUAUUCUCAUGACGACAUCCAUCUUGUCGGUGAUGGGUUCGCUCUACCUGGGCUACAUCCUCUACUUUGUCCUAAAGGACUUCUGCAUCAUCUGCAUCACCACAUAUGCGCUGAACUUCAUUCUCUUUAUUCUCAACUACAAGCGACUGGUUUACUUGAAUGAGGCCUGGAAGCAGCAGCUCCAGGCCAAGCAGGACUAAGCUGUCGAGAACGGCAAGAAAAGAACGACAAACAAACAACACACAAAAAAAGAAAAGAAAUGUGACCUCUGAACUUUUGACUUGCCACCAGGAGACCUUGCUUCCAAACAAUGUUUAUUCUGCUGUGUGUUCAAAAAAAAUGAAGAAAUUUAACUUAAAUGUUGGGCCUGACAUCUCAAUGUUGAUUGCAAACAUGGAAGGAUUUGUAAGUGAAAGAUGAUUUUCUUUUAAUUUCUUUUACCUUGUUUAACAUUGUACUCACUUAAGGAGGGGGCUGGCUGUGUGUGUGUGCGUGUGUGAGCGCAUGUGUGUGAUCGGAUGUGCGUGAUCGGAUGUGCGUGUGUGAGCGCAUGUGUGUGAGUGCGCGUGUGUGUGCGUGCGCGUGUGUGUGAUAGCUGAAACACAACAACCCAAGCAGAGGCAGAGGGCCACAGUACAGAACGAUGGAGGACAGCUCUCUUUUGAACAAAGGAUCGCAGAAUGGAAGAAAAACGGGACAUUCAAAGGGGUUUACUUGAAAUGGUUAGAAAGGUCCUAUUACUGCACAGCACAUCUGCACUAAAAACAUGGAGCCGAAUAAUGGGAAAAAUUAGAAAAACACUCAUUAAGGUUAUCGUACAGUUUGCAGACAAGGUUCAAUGGCAGGGUUGGGGGACAAAACGAUUAACAUUUAUACAGAAUAGUUUUUUUUCUUUUUCAUGUUUACACUUUGUCGUAGCUUUGUUUCUGAAGAGGACCACUAAAAAUAAACAUGGGACAAUGUGAGAUGUUGUGUGUAGAUCAGUCAGGUUGUUUGUUUUGCAAUUCUGUAAAUAGCUGCUGAGCAAUAUUCCAGGCUAGAUUGUGAGUUAGUGUUGACACAAACCUUUUUAGGUUAAAAAAUAAAAAAGAAGAAGAAGAAGAAAAAAAAAAAACAACCGACAAAACAGGAGAAAACAUCAGUUAAAUCUGGAAUAAAAAGCGAUGGAGGUCACGGUGGAGGUGGAUGAGUCUGAAGAUGUGCUCGGGACAUCUUCUGUCCUGUAAUCCUGGUCAGGCAUGCGGUUCAGAGUCGUGUGGAUUUCUUUGUUGUAAGUGGUAACCGUCUCAUCUGAAGCCACCGACACGAGUCUUUUAAACAGAACUAUAGGUUCUUUUCACCAAGUUUGCAUAAAGGUACCCUCACCCUGUUUUUGGUUUGGUUAUAGUGUGAAAAGCAUUCCUGACCACCACACAAGUGGGAUCCAUAAAGACUUAUGUGCCUAAAGGAGUGUUAAGGUGAACUACCUUUUUUUUUUUCUUUCUUUCUUUUUUUUAAUGUUUUGUUUGGGGGUGGGUGGGGGGGUGAUGUCAUGUUAACACCAGUUUUGCUCAUUUUAAUGUCACAGGUCCAAGGCUUUAUUUUUCUGACCACGGUUUUGUAAAUUCAGAUACCAGUGAAGUGUUUCUCCCUCCCUAACAGAGUCUCAUGAGGUAGCGAAAGGCUGCUACACUGUGAUUGUCUGCUCAACAGUAGAGUGGCCUGGUGGCAGAAGCAUCUCUAAUCUUUCUGUUUCACUUUCUUUAAUGUUCAUCUGGCGUUUGUUCACUGUCCAGGCCUGUAUACAAGUGAACGGUAACGGUGAUCUUGCCAAGCUGAGUUACGGUUCAUUUGCAGGACGUGAACAAAACUUUGGAAAAUGUUUUACUUUGUUGUCACGAGCGGCAGAAGAGCAACGAGGGUGAAGAUUCUGUAAGAAAACAAAACAGUAUGUUAAGCCAUAUGUGGAGUUUGGAGGGGUUUUUUUUUUUUUUUUGCUCCAGUAGAAAUGACAUCCAGGUCACACAGACGCUUUUCAUGAAGUGGUUGAUCUAACACAGUGAGGUCUGUACAGAGAUGGAUCACAGAAUGGGGGGGAAGCAAACGCAGCUCGUACUGGCUUUGCUAGAAAUCUACAAUAUUGUCACUUGAGUGACGGAGUAGGACCAUCGUCUCUCUUCCAUCCAGAAUCCACUGAUUAAAGUAUCCUACCUGUCAGAUGCAUGGUACACUAUCUCCUGGCUUUAAGUAUAUGUUGGCCAUCGGACAAUCUUACACACACUGUCGAGGAUCUAUCUAACAGUCGUAGUAAUAACUGUAUAAUGUGAUUCAUCUGUGGUGUUAAACCAGCUUGUUAAUAGUUUCCAUCACCACUAGUCUCCACGCCCCUUCGUGUUUAAGUAGACGGCUGUUUUAUAGGGUGGAGGUUAACGUCGCGAUGACAGCGACAGUCAUUUCAGUGACGAGCUUCUUGUCAAACAUGAAGUCAUCAGGUGGAAAUUGAGGUGAUACUUUUUUUUUUUUGUCUGGGAUAUUGUCAAAGCGAAAUUGUUUCUGUUCUUACACGUUGUGACCCAGUUACUACGUCUCAUAUAUACGGGCUGUUUGACAUCACUGUUGACCAUCUUCCAAAGCAGAAUGUGUGUUAUUUGUGAAAUACUUUUUCCUACGGACAGCGCUUUCCAUUCAUUCGACCGCGGGAUGACGUGAAGCGUUAAGAGACCGCACAUUUCCAUCUCUUACACUGAGGAUUAUUUAUGGCGUUUGUCAGGUCAACACUUCUUCUCCCGGCUUGAGUAAAAAAAACAAUUAGAAAGCCUAUUACAAAUCUCACACUCCCAGAUUAGUUUCAUUUUCAAACAUUUCAGAUUUGUCCAGCUCCCUCUCGGCUUUAUACAACUUUGCUUUUUAAUGUAAUUGACUUGAUGUGUAAAAUCAGUGCAGUUCCCCUUUAAGCAAAUAUCAAAUCUUUGCAACUUGGAUUUUGAUACCACGCAGAAAAUAAUGUGAACCAGUUGCUGCCUGGAAGAGAAACUCAUUCAAACUCAUAUGAUUUGCUUUGGAAAUUGGUUUUCAGUUGUUCAUGCUAAGUUGACGCGAUUGGUAGUAAAGUGGCGAAAAACGUGCAAAAACCAGUACAGUCCCUAAACAAGCUGCAUUGUAGUCCACAUAAUGAUUUUAAAUGUUUCCAUCAUGUCUUGGCAAAGUCAUCUUUAAGAUCUUCCUCACACAGUAUUGCCUGGUCAGGUUUACAUCAGGUCGUUUUUCAUCUAAACUCAGAACCUGACUCCACAACCACAACACUGUUUUGUCUUUGUCGUUUUUCUGGGAAAGCCUGUGCACUCACACAUAAGACAAGUCUCCUAUGGAUUCACUUGCACAAGUCAAAGUUUUUUAUGUAGAGAAGUCGAACUGACAUUACUUGAUAGUUUGUUUUUUUUGGCCACAACUAUGGGUCCUGUGAGUAUUGACCAUAGAACUGACAAGGGUACAUUAGGUAGCCUAUGAUUACGUUAAUGGUUCCAGUCGUAUGCAAGCCUAUUACACUAGUUGUGUCCGGUUACUUUGAAGAAAGGAGUUAGGAAUUUGGAUGUUAAAUGUUUGGAAUCUUUUGCUGGUAAAAGGAUCACCAUGUUGUGUGAUGAUUUAAUGUCAUAAAAAAGGUCAAAAAGGAUCGAUACUGCAUUCUCAUGAAAAUUCAUUUAGGCCCUGAGGUAUAACUGCCAUGUUAGUUGCAUCACCAACGCCAACAAAAGUGCCUUCUGUUUGAUCACUAGGCCUUGAGCCAAAGACGAGCAACAGUAAUAGCCUUGUAAAACGAAGAAUGGUAACUGUAACGGGCACUUCUGCUUGCCUUCCUUAAAAUGUAAUUGAGAAAUUGGUUAAUUCCCAAAGAUUUAAUAUCCAAUGUCAGUGCAAGAAUCUACUCAGAAAUUGCCAGACAAAAUGCCCUGUCAAAUCAAUGGCCGUUCCUUUUUUCCUUCAAGUCCACUAUAUAAUUUUGAUCUUUAUUUCGUCUAGCUAGGACAUGUUUGUUAGCUAAAUUACACUCUGUUAAACUACACGAUUGUAAUGUUCUUUUUUCAUCAUUAAUUAUGCCCUUUAGCUGUAUAGACUGUUAACAUUCUGGGUUACUUUAGUUUAAAAAAAUAAAAACAAAAACGUUGAGGGGUUGGAGGGCUAGGAAUCCAUGUGUCAGCAUAAAAUGUUUAUUAAAUUUCUUUGUGGAGGAAAACUUACCGGGUUUGCUUCUGUAUUGCCAAAUAUGUUUUAAAAUGCUGUAUUUUCUUACAUGGAAAAAAGUGUUACAGGAAUGGUAGGAGGGUACGAAAAAAGUAAUCUGUUUAAAUCCAUCUUAUCUUAAGGGAAAACUGUGGAAAAGGUUGACAUGAGUACAUUUUUAAUUGUGUCAUUGUCAUGUGGAAAUUAUCUACCAUUAAAACAUUCCCUCUGAAACGA